AUGAUUUCUUAUAAAAGAUUUGCAAUCAAAUAUGUUCUUGUUGUUCUUCUCUUCUAUGUGAUUGUUUCAGGAGAUGCAGAAGUGAGAUGCAUAGAGAGUGAGAGAGAAGCUCUUCUAAGCUUCAAGAAUGGCCUCAUCGACAAGCGUGGUAUUCUCUCGUCGUGGGAGAGCAACGAAUGCUGCAAAUGGCACGGUGUUGAGUGCAGCAACACCACUGGCCAUAUCAUCACCCUCGACCUCGGUUUCUUUCUUGAUCAAUUAAGAGGUAAGAUUGGCUCUUCAUUGCUUGAGUUGCAUCAUUUAAACUAUAUUGACUUCAGUUGGAUUGAUUUUGGAGGCAUCCCAAUCCCGGAAUUCAUUGGUUCCAUGAAACAGUUGCAACACUUGUAUCUUAGUUGUUCUAACUUUACUGGGAUCGUUCCUCCUCAGUUAGGGAACCUUACCAACCUGCGCUCACUUGAUCUCUCGGGAAACUCUUUGAGUUGUACAUCUCUCUCUUGUUUUGGUUUCGCAUCGGGAUCACUGGAAAUACUGAUCUUGUCUUAUAAUCAACUCAACGGGUCGAUUCCAGACGACCUGAGAUCAUUUUCUUCAUUGACACACCUGAACCUUAAGAGAAAUAACUUUACAGGCUCCAUUCCUCUAAGUAUAAGCCAACUUUCCAAGCUUCAAGUUCUAGAUCUUUCUCUUAAUUCUUUUGAAGGCUUAGUUCCUGUAAGUAUUGGCCAACUCUCGAAGCUUCAAAUUCUAUAUCUUUCUCAUAAUUAUUUGGAGGGUUUAGUCUCCGAAUCCCACUUCUCUAAGCUUGAUAAUUUAAAGACAUUGGAUCUAUCCUUCAAUCCAUCAUUGAUCAUGGAUAUUGACUCUGAUUGGAUUCCUCCCUUUCAAUUGGAAACUAUAUCUUUAGGCAGGUGCAAUGUGGGCCCAUAUUUUCCAAAAUGGAUCCGAACUCAAAGGAAUUUGUCAGUCCUUGAUCUCCUUGGUGCCAAUAUAACAGAUGAAGCCCCGAGGUGGUUGUGGAGUUCAUCUUCUUUAUUAGCAAAGUUGUAUCUCUCCGACAAUCAAAUAAGUGGUACAGUUCCGAAUCUCUCAUCUACCUCCAUCUUAUACAUGGAUAUUAGUUUCAAUAAGUUCUCAGGUCCUAUACCAUUAUUUCCCGCCAAUGCUUCCGUGAUUCAGUUUAGUGGAAAUAUGAUCUCCGGUUCAAUUUCAUCCAUUUGCGAAACUCUCCACGAUCAUCUUAAGACCCUUGACCUCUCCGAUAAUCGGUUGGUAGGAGAGAUUCCCAAUUGCUGGGAGAAAAUUCCCAACUUGUACUCCCUCAAUUUGGCUAACAACAGUUUUUCGGGUAAAAUUCCUGGCUCUUUCGGUAAUUUGCAGAAAUUUGCUGCAUUGCAGAUGCAUGGUAAUAAUUUAUAUGGUGAAUUGCCAUAUAGUUUGAGACAUUGCCAAAGAUUGGGUUUCUUGGAUGUUGGAGGCAACAAGUUAACAGGAAAGAUCCCUACUUGGAUUGGUCGGUUGCAUAAAAUGCAGUUUCUUAACCUUCGUGGAAAUAAAUUGCAUGGAAGUAUUCCUCCCGAGAUAUGCAAUCUUACUAAUAUUCAAGUUAUGGAUUUGUCGAUAAACAACUUGUCAUCAAUAAUACCUGAUUGCUUCAACAAUUUUACUGUCUUGGCUACUAAGAAUGCCACGCAUAUUGAUCCAUUCCUUUUUGGUUCAGUAUAUUUAUUUACUAAGAAUGGUAAUAAGCACUAUGGAUAUUCAUCAUUUCAAUGGAAAGGCCAGGAAUAG